GUUAACAGACACUCACAGUCGAACCAAUCGAACACCGGGACAUUCACUCCACGCGCUGCCAUGAGCGAAGACGCAUCCUCGUACCCUCCAAUCGAGCCGACCAACUUCGACCUGAUCGUCGUCGGCACGGGUCUACCGGGAUCUGUGAUCGCCGCCGCGGCCUCCGCCAACGGAAAAACCGUCCUCCACUUGGACCCCAACCCCUUCUAUGGGUCCCACUUCGCCUCUCUCCCACUCCACGACCUCUCCGCCUUCCUCAAUCCACAUUUUACACCUCCGCCGUCCGCCGCAUCCGAUGGCGACGAUCACACCCCCGUGACCCUCAUCCAACGGCCCCUCUACUCCCACGUCGGCAUUUCCAAUCAUGCCCCUGAGGAAUUCACCGAAGAGUAUUCCAGAAAGUUCAACAUCGAUGUGUGCGGACCUAGGGUUUUGUUUUGCGCCGAUAAGUCCAUCGAUCUCAUGCUCCGAUCCGGGGCGAACCAAUACAUGGAAUUCAAGAGCAUCGAGGCGAGCUUCGUGUACGACGAGAGCAGUAGGAGAUUGGUGAGCGUGCCGGACUCUCGCGCGGCGAUAUUCAAGGACAAGAGCUUGGGGCUCAUGGAGAAGAACCAGCUGAUGAGGUUCUUCAAGCUAGUUCAGCAGCACUUGGCUGGUGAUGAUGGUGGUGUGGAGAAUUCGAGGAUUUCGGAGGAGGAUUUGGAGAGUCCGUUCGUGGACUUCUUGACGAAAAUGCGGUUACCGCCCAAGAUUAAAUCGAUUAUUCUGUAUGCUAUAGCCAUGGCCGAUUAUGAUCAGGAGGACACACAGAUUUGUGAAGACGUACUCACAACAAAAGAUGGUGUAGAUAGUUUGGCUCUCUACAACUCGUCGGUUGGCAGGUUUCCAAAUGCACUUGGGGCUUUGGUUUAUCCAAUUUAUGGUCAAGGGGAACUACCACAAGCUUUUUCCCGUCGGGCUGCUGUCAAAGGUUGCAUUCAUGUUCUGAGAAUGCCUGUGAUUGCCCUGCUUAUGGACAAGUGUACUGAGCAUUACAAAGGAGUUAGAUUAUCUUCAGGUCAAGACUUAUUCUGCAAUCAGCUAGUCCUGGAUCCAUCCUUUACAGUUCAGUUGCCAUUAGCUUCAUCUCCACGAGAUCCUCUGAGAGAAAGUCUUCAAGUUUUAGGUUUGAGAGAUGUUAAAAGGAAAGUGGCAAGGGGAAUAUGCAUUACAAGGAGCUCCUUGAGGCCAGAUUCAUCGAAUUUCCUGGUGGUAUAUCCUCCUAGAUCUUUGUACCCUGAACAGGUUACAUCAAUUCGAGCUCUCCAAAUAGGAAGCGGUUUAGCUGUUUGUCCUUCGGGCAUGUUUGUAUUAUACUUUUCCACUUUGUGUCAUGAUGCCGAUAAGGGGAAAGAGUUAUUACAUGCAGCCAUAGAUGCUCUUCUCAUGCUACCCGAGUCUGGACAUCCCGAAAGUAAUACCACAGUUCAAAGUGAUAUUGCAGCAGAAGUAAAACCCACCUUACUUUGGAAAGCUUUGUAUAUUCAGGAUCUUACCAUGGAUCAAUUAGAAUCUAUCAGCUACGCUCCCAUUCCAGAUGGAAAUCUUAAUUAUAAUGAUCUGUUAGAUGAGACUUUGAAGCUAUUUCAGAAGAUUUAUCCCAAUGAAGAUGUCUUUCCAGAUGCAGUCUCUCCCGAGAAUCCAGAGGACGAUUAUGAGUCUAGCCUAGAUAGCUAAUGGUGCUUUGCUGCAACCUUUUCCACUCAUCAAUGCUUUGACCCAGGAGUUGCUGAAUUAUGGGCGAGGCUGAGAAAAAAGAGUACAUGAGAAAAGACAUACCUUAAGAUUACGCAAUUUACUUUCCUCAUGGUUUCACAAUUUUGGUGGCCUAUAAAUAUGAAGAAGGCACAUCUAUCUGUUCAUUUUCAGAAACUUUACCAACUUUACCUUAGCUGGCCAAUAUUGGUUGUUAGGGUGCCUGUAUCACACUGUAAAAGAACAUAUCCAAUCAGAUAUUUGGAGGAUUUCACAGUUCUUAUACUCGAUAAAAAAAAAACAGCUUCUUGUGUCUU